CACCUCCUCCUCCUCCUCCUCCUCCUCUGUGUGCCAACUAUGUAUAUGUUGUCAGUCAGUGUGUGAGGAAGCAUGUGAGGAGCGCGCGUCCUCCUGUGCGCAGCGAGCUCACAGUGGUGAGCGUGUUUGGAGGGGAACCAUGCACACGGAUGUGGUGCUGCUUCACCUGCUGCUCUGGACGCUCGGCGUGUCCGGGCUGACGCGUGCGAGCCGUGGACGAACUCUACAGCCUUACAGACACUGCAGCUCACCUGACAGAUCAAAAAGAGAAAUGCCUUUAACAGGACAAAGUGGCCGCAAGAUUGGCAGCCACAUAUUCAAGAUGAGUCCAGACAUCACUAAAGCCUGGACUGCCAAGUCACAGCAGGUGCUGAAGAUCGACGACCAUGACUUUACCAUGCGACCCGGAUUUGGAGGUCCUGCAGUUCCUGUCGGAGUGGAUGUGCAGGUUGAGAGUCUGGAUGCGAUUUCAGAGGUGGAAAUGGACUUUACAAUGACCCUGUAUCUGAGGCACUACUGGAAAGACGAACGUCUGUCCUUCAGAAGCAACAACAACCAGAGCAUGACUUUCGACGGCCGACUGCUGAAGAAGAUCUGGGUCCCGGACAUGUUUUUUGUCCACUCGAAGAAGUCCUUCACACAUGACACCACCACUGACAACGUCAUGCUGCGAGUUUACCCCGAUGGCAAAGUUCUCUACAGCCUCAGAGUGACGGUUACUGCCAUGUGCAGCAUGGACCUGAGCCGCUUUCCUCUGGACACACAAACAUGCUCUUUGGAGAUAGAGAGCUAUGCAUACACAGACGAUGACCUGAUGCUUUACUGGAAAGAAGGAAACCGCUCUUUAGUGACAGAUGAGAGAAUUUCUCUCUCCCAGUUCCUCAUCCAGGAAUUCCACACCACCACCAGGCUGGCCUUCUACAGCAGCACAGGCUGGUACAACCGUCUGUACAUCAACUUCACCCUGCGGCGUCACAUCUUCUUCUUCCUGCUGCAGACCUACUUCCCUGCCACUCUCAUGGUCAUGCUGUCCUGGGUGUCCUUCUGGAUCGACCGCAGGGCCGUUCCUGCCAGAGUGCCACUGGGUAUAACCACGGUGCUCACCAUGUCCACCAUCAUCACGGGUGUCAACGCGUCCAUGCCCAGGGUCUCCUACAUCAAAGCUGUGGACAUUUACCUGUGGGUCAGCUUUGUCUUUGUCUUCCUGUCAGUGAUAGAGUACGCUGCAGUCAACUACCUGUCUACACUUCAGGAGCGGAAGGAGAGGAAACUCAGAGAGAGGCUGAUGUGCACCUGUGGAAUGACCCACCCCGGCAUGAUGCCACUCACCUACAGUGAGAUGGACGUCAACACCACAGGGAACUAUGGUCUGCCCGUGGAGAACGGGAUAAAAGGGGAGAGGAUGAUGGUGCAGAUGGCAACGGGGACUGACAUGGUCACCGGCCACGUUGACUCCAGCGCCUACAGCCACGUGUGGAUCGACACACACAUUAUAGACAAGUACUCACGGGUCAUUUUUCCUGGAUCAUACAUCCUCUUCAACAUCAUCUACUGGUCAAUCUACUCGUAACAGAGAAGACACUAAAAGACAGACCUUCCUCUUUGAGUGGAGACAUGCGCACCGUUCACCUUCAGGCUGAAUUAGUAGACCAGUUUAUUGUAAAGAAAGAUUGGACAAUAAAUGAACCUGGAACUUUUUGACAGGAACAACUAAAUCUGAGUCUUUAAUCAGCCAAUCACAAAAGAACAAUAACCUACUGUGGCUUCAUAAUUGCACAUCAUUUACACUCAACUGGUUCAGUGUAAACCUCUUAUUCAAGGGCUUGAAUCAAAGACGGUGCAUCAGUAAU